AUGGGCACUUGCAUGUCUUCCAAAAAAACACCAAGAAUUGCAAAAGCUAAAUCAGAAAAAUCACAAGCAGCAAUUGUAAAGCAAAAGAGAGAAAUUUUAGUAAAAAAAGUAAAAAACGCACCUAUUCUGACGCUAGAAAUCAACGAGUUAUACCUAAAAAGGAAAAAAUCUAAUGUACAUAGUUCAGCUUGUAGUGACACUGAAGGAAAUGCAGAUCUUAUGAAAUUAAAUACGACCUGCUACAACUAA